AUGGCGACCUCAUGGUUGAACGACCUGCCGAUAGUAUCAGCAGCUCGUAUCAGUUCAUCGUCCUGUAGAAAAUCUAUUGAUUAUCCCGAAGCUGCACUUCCCUGUCCACUUCAAAAACAAACUUCUAAUUGUGACCCCUCACAAUCCCGGAUACCACGAAUUGGCAACAGCAACAGUAGUAGCAGAAUCCCAGUUCCCGGUUCCAUUCGGCCGCCCUCGUCCCAGUUCCAAUCCCGUCUGGUGCGGCCAAGCAAGCCCCCUACAGCAGCAGCAGCACCCGGAUUCACCGGUAUCGCAACUCCCUUCGCCACACCUGCUGCCCACAGCUUCCUGCGGCCACCUCGUUCGGCUGCCGUGACGAUAGCCCGGUCCUACUCCGGCGAUAAACUAUGCAGCGGUGAACCGAGUCCGUUUCCGGUGCUUGCGGCAUCGACGCCAGCCGCUUCGCAUUUCAAACCUCCCAGUGCGUUGAAACUGUACAAGAAGCUCGAGUUGGAGUCGACGGAGAAUCUGCACGAGAUCCAGCAACCACUCGAUAAUACAUUUGCGGUUGAACCGGCGUCGAAGGUCUUGGACAUCGACUUCAACGAUGGCGAUCGGAUGCUAGUGGAUGAAUCGAUGGAUUUGGUAGCAGGAGCGGGAAGUACGGACAACCUUAUUGAGUCCGAGUCGCAGCAGCAACAGCAACAGCCGAUGAUGAAACCGGCUUCGAGUAAUGAAACGGUGACGCUCAGUGCCAAUGGAAACGUUACCUACGAAGUCAAACGCAGCGAUACGUUCGUGAAGGAGGAGUCGUUGAAGCUCGGCGGUAGUCGAGAAUCACUGAACCGAACUAGAGGAGCGUCGCUAUUUUUAAAUGACAAGUCGGGCGAAGAUUCACCGGUUCUGGACCGGACGCACGUUGUAUUGGACUCGGUAGGUAUGUUGGAAGACGGUGCGAAGAAGGCGCUGUGCUCAACGAUGGUGGUUUACGAUCGAUUGGCUAGCGUAACUCAGAGCAUUCCAAAUUUAACACAGGAGCUGGAUGGAUACGGAGGGAGCCCGGAUAGGUUACAGAUUGUUAGGCCUUCCAGACUGACGUUCAAUUUAAACGAAACCACCACAAAUUUGAUGCAUUUUUCUGAUCCUUCGAUGCUGCUUAACAAAACGCAAGUUUUUAGUUCGACCAUGCAUUCGCCAUCGAGGGUGAUCGGGUCGAAGGAGAAUAUACUGAACGUUACCAAGGAUAUAAACGAUUUGCUUUUGGACAGUAGCGCCGGAGAACGCACUCUGGUGGCGGAAGAUUUGAAUGAUGAGAGUUUGUAUGAGGAAAAUGAGCCUAAGAAGGAGAUAUUUGAUCUUAGCUUGGAAGAACCGGUGGUGCUGGAAAAAGAAGAGGUGAUUAUUCGUCCUGUUGACGGUCGAUCGGUCCCGGGAUCUAAGUAUCGAUAUUCGUUUGGCUUAGAUUUGACCGAUGCAACCCUGGAUUGCUCGAUAGAUUUGUGUGACUCGUCGAUUUCGUCGGCAGUCGUGAAAUCCAACAAUUUGAAAUCACCUAUUUCCAGUGGCCUCACUAAGCAAGGUUCGUUUGAGAUGGACGAAAGUCUGGGAAUUUUAACACCAGACCAGAUGAAAGAGUUUUUGGACUCAACCACAACAAACACCAACAAUACCAACAAUUUGGAGUUGCAAUUGAACACGGGAUCCCACAAACAUGCGCUGCAUCAUUGCAGGAUCGAUCAAACGCCUUCGCCGGAGGAAUUACCCUUGGAUCCGGUGGGAGUGAAAACUGACAUGUCGGACAUUUGCCUGCCUUCGGAAAUGAUUUCGAACGGGGGUUCAAUCCUGUAUCAGGAGAUAUCUCAAACCGAUUCCGAUUCCAAGACCGAUCAAAUGACCAAGUCAGGUACUUCGAAAGUGUCGAACAGUUUUAUCACCAGCAUAACGAGUAUUACAAGUUUGGACACCGGCUAUCAAGGCGAUGGGGAAAUGUCUCGACCGGCAAGUCGUGGGGCUGAUCAGUCCCCAUCUAAUGGACCAAGAAUUAAGAAUCCAGAAGCCCCAGGAGUUUGGCCGAACGCUCAGGGAGCUGCAGAAGCACCGGUUCCCCGGAGGCCAGAUCCUAUGACCGAUAGCGAUUUCUUCACGGAAAGCGACGCUGAUGACGUUAUAAACCGGGGAGAUCGAAGGGCUCAAAUUAUUGAUGGCCAUCUGUACGGACCAAUGCUGCAGGGGGCAAACGUGUUCAUUAAUCAACAACCGCAGAAUGAUGAUUCUUGCAUGGAAUCCAGCGGCAUUUUUACUGAUGUGGAGAACCGCGGCGAUGACGAGUUGAUCCACCGAAUCUCCGAGCGGGAAGAUAUGAUGGAACAUGACGAGGAGGAAGGGAUCGAUCGGCAGCCAGCUGGGGAGAGUGAUAUGAGCCCUGAUCUUUCAACCGAUACGAUAAGCAGCGCCAACACAGCUUGUAGCCAGAAAAAGGUUGAACCGAUCCCGGAAACCGGAGAGGGUGUUAAUUGUUCGCAAAAUGCUUCAGCGCGCUCAUCGGUUAUUUCGAACGUUUCAGUUCGACCGUUCAGUGGAGAACAUGAUUGUCAAGUAUCGCACCGCGAAGAUGACGUCAACAAACACGCUGUCACACCUUCACCGAAAGCAUUACAAUCGCCGUCGUCGUCGUUGGCGUCGCCGUCGGUGCUUAAUCAAUCCGCUUCGUUCGUCGUCGCGGUGAGAGCCGAUAAAGCUGAAAGCGCCUCAAACGCGAGUGACGUGAGUACCGCGAGUAAACUUAGCGAAGACGGUCGGGAAGUUUGCGUACUAAGCCCUAACGCUAGUAACGACAGUUUGUCUGGCGCGGUCGUCGGUAGUGCAAGUAGUAGUGGAAGCAGUCGCAGAAGCAGCGGCAAAAAGCCACCUGGUGGCGGCACCUUCACCGGCAGCAGCAGCAGCAGCAGCAACAGUCGCAAGCAGCAGAAAAAUGAAACCAAUUUAGUGUUGAAAAAACAUGACAUGUCGUCGCGCGCGGCAUUGAUCAAGACGCGUCUUUUCAAGGAUUCUUCGGUCGGUUCGGGUUCGCGAUCGUCUUCAUUGGUUGUGGAGGGAAGUGCCCUUGGGAGCUUGGAUGCGGGCCCAGAGUGUGAAAAUCAAGAAAACAAGCGUCCCUCAAGUGCAAGCAUUCGGGGUGGUGGCAGUGUGGGAAAUCUGAGCUUUAUCAAAAAAUCGGCCACCCCGAACAAGUGGGAUGCAGUGAUGAGUAAAAUCGCCGAGAAUAAGGCGGUUAUCAAGAAAAAUUUCAGUGAUGUGAAGUCGAAGAUCAGUUGCGGCAAAUCGGCGAUCUCGCUGGUGCGGCGGGUCGAUUCUCCUGCCUCGCUCAAGAGUCCCCCGUCGGAAUGCAACAGCAGCAUCGGCAGCCGCAGUGUCAGCGGGGUUGCGGUCACGGGCAGUGGAAAGCGGACAGUUUCCGGAUCGGUGAAGCGCGCAAGUGCAAGUGUCUCGCUGCAUAUCGCCCUGCACCCGGCAAACCAUUAUGUAAAUAACCGGUUUCCAGCACUCGGGCUCAUGGGCUUUUGUUCAAAGAUAUCCGAAACAAAUCGCCGAGUGACAGGAGGGGUAGCAAAAAUGGCUCACCGAAUCACACCAUUCUCCGGGGAGGCCUCUCGGCAAGCUGAUACGCGUCAAGUGCUGAAUAAUAAACUGUUUGAUGGGAAGCUUCAAGACAACAACAAGACACUGACAAUCACCGACUGA